GUACAUGCCGGUGAAUGUGUAGUAGUUGAAGAUCGAAUAGGUGACGAUUGGCUAAUUGGACAUGUGAUUACCGAAAAUGGAGAAGACUACAAAACCGGUAGAUUCCCAACGUCAUAUGUGGCAUUCUAGCCAAAGUUUAAGUCCAAAGUCUUGUAUUCAUCUGUUAAAUGCCCAAUAAUA